CUGAUGACAACAAUACCAGGUCUUAUGUCUUUAUUUGGGGUUGGUGCUGCAGGCAGAAUCUUCACUAGGGGCCAGAGCAAAACGUGUCACACAUAGCUCAAGGGCUUAAUUUUAAUGCAGGUUUGACUCACCGAUGUUCUGUAAACAUAGACAGCAUGCACUGGUGUGUGUGUGUCUGUGUGUGUCAGAUUAGUAGAGAGAGAGUGUGUGUGUUUCAGGUGAUGUGUAGCAAUGUGUGUGUGUGUGUGGGGCUCACUCCUUUUCAGAUAUAAUGUCUGUGAAAUGUUAAAACCAGGCCAAUUUUGCACGUUGCCAAACACAUCACUCUUGUUGUUUGACUACAGUAGCACAGUAGUAGCCUUGGCCUAAAAUUGUCUCUUGUAAAUUCAUAGCUCAUGAAGAAUUUCUAUCACUAUGUUCAGAUGACAAAUUGCCACACUGGUUGCUUGAGGAUAUAGGCUAUCUUAGAAAAUUGGCUCAGCACAGUGUUAGGAUUUUGUUUUGUUGCACUCUAUGCAUUGAAUGACGCCGAGCAUGUCGCCGCCUAGUGGCGCACACGAACACAGCGCACAACACGACGACCGACACGACUUCACAACCAGAGUGGUAAUAGUGUCAAGGCAGAAAGACCGUACCGCUACCCAGCGCCUAAACUCUCGUGUUUGAACCGGAUUCUGCUGUCGCCGACCUUUCAAUCUGUCCACCGAUCUGAAGGCUGUAAGUGCUCUCAUCGCUUCUGCAUCCACCCCUCCUCUUGUGUAAUCUUGUGUGAUCUCAAGGCAUGGAUGUCACGGUGCGCCUUGGCAGAAUAAAAUAUUGUAAUCCGAAUUGAGUAGUCUACAGUCUGCGACGAUUUAGCACUGGUUUACACAAUCAACUAACUUGACAUUCAAGUUGCAGAGGAAAGUGUAGCCUAGUGCAAUUAAGCUGUGAAAAGUGGAAACCGACCUGACCGUAACCGCAACGGAUAUGUUUUGACUGGUGAGGGUCCGACUUCGGAAUGAAGGCGGCGGUACAGACAGGGAGACGGCGGCCCUUCCAGCGGUUCUGCUGCUGUGGAGUUGGGCUUCUCGCGGUCAUUUGGCUCGCACAGGUCGCGCACGUGACAGAGCCGGAGUCGUCCGGGUCUCAGCCAGAAGAGGGGGGUGUUCCAGUUCGUUCUAGACGCAGGCUGAUGCAGGAGGAGUGGACAGAAGACAACCAGACACUGGACCUUCCUAGACCAGCCGUCCAUGAGUUUCCAGAAGAUAUCUUCACCAAGGAGGAGCUGAAAGCAGGAGCAGUGCUGUUACAUGUGCUGUGUGCUAUCUACAUGUUCUACGCUCUUGCUAUUGUCUGUGAUGACUACUUUGUCCCUUCCCUGGAGAAAAUAUCAGAGAACCUGCAGCUCAGUGAGGAUGUGGCUGGGGCAACCUUCAUGGCUGCAGGAAGCUCAGCACCAGAGCUCUUCACCUCUCUCAUUGGUGUGUUCAUCACUAAAGGAGACGUGGGGGUCGGCACCAUCGUGGGAUCAGCCGUCUUCAACAUCCUGGUCAUCAUUGGUGUUUGUGGCAUCUUUGCGGGCCAGACGGUGGUUCUGACAUGGUGGUCUCUGUUCAGGGACUCCACCUACUACAUCUUCUCUGUGCUGGCUCUCAUCCUGGUUAUAUACGAUGCAAAAGUUGUCUGGUGGGAGGCCGUGCUCCUAAUGACCAUGUAUGGAGUUUACAUUGUUAUCAUGAAGUUCAACUCCCAGAUCAGGGGAUGUGUGCAACGUCGGUUUGGGGGCCCGGGUCAGUGCUGCCUUGUCAGUGAGGGACUCAGAGACGAGGAGAUGGCAGAGGACGGACUCACCUGUAAUACCAACAUGGUGCUGCUCAGGAAAGGACAACCCCAGGGUCAGGAGUCUCCUCCAGUGGUGAUGGUGGACGAGCUCCUGAUCCUCAACCCCCACCAGCUGUCCUUCUCCGAGGCCGGCCUGCGCAUAAUGAUCAGCCCCCACUUCUCCCCUCGCACCAGGCUCACCAUGGCAGGCCGUGUGCUCAUCAGUGAGAGACAGAGGUUGAUCAGGAGUCCCAACAGCCAGCUGGACGGGGAUGCCAGCCCAACGGCAGGGGGCACCCCUCUGAAAGGGUUGGGCUCUGGAGGUCUGGAGAAUGGGGGCAGUGUGGAGAAGCAGACCCCUGACGAGGCCAGGGUAGGAGACGCAGGGGGGGAGAAGCCAGGAGCGGAGGGCUGUCACACUGAGGAAGAGGAGGAGGAUGAUGAUGGGCCAUUCAGGCCUCUGCAUUGGCCAGGGGGAUGCUGUGCGCGGGUCAAGUGGCUGAUCUCGUGGCCCCUGGGCCUGCUGCUGUACUGCACUGUGCCUAACUGUGUGUACCCACGCUGGCACCGCUGGUUCAUGGUCACCUUCGUGGCCUCCACCCUGUGGAUAGCCAUCUUCUCCUACCUCAUGGUGUGGAUGGUCACAAUCAUCAGCUACACACUAGACAUCCCAGACUACAUCAUGGGCAUCACCUUCCUGGCAGCGGGCACCAGCGUGCCAGACUGCAUGGCCAGCCUCAUUGUAGCUCGGCAAGGUACGGGGGACAUGGCGGUGUCUAACUCCAUUGGCAGUAAUAUCUUUGACAUCCUGUUGGGGCUGGGUUUCCCCUGGGCUCUGCGCACUCUGGUGGUGGACAACGGAUCAUUGGUCUACAUCAAUAACAAGGGCCUGGUGUAUUCUGUCGUCCUGCUGCUGGCCUCUGUCUUCCUCACAGUCAUGAGUGUCCAUCUGAACCACUGGAAGCUGGACCGCCGUCUGGGCCUGGGGCUGAUAUUACUCUAUGCCGUCUUCCUGCUCUGCUCCAUCUUCUUUGGGCAGAUGUGAGGCUGACGCUGGGGUCGAAGGUCAACCCUGAUUUGCCUUCCUGUCAGCUGCCACGUCUUGAAGUCCUCUGUCUCCCUGAGAUACUCUGUCCUAAAGCCAAAAAAAACAGCCUCAGCUACAUCGUGCUACAGUUAACAUGUGAUGUACCACAAACAGGAUAUCCUUGGGUGACAUUGUACACAAAUACACGUUUUACUAUCCUUGUGGGGACCUAAAACCCUUGCCCUAACCCUAAAUAGCCUUUGUCCACAAGGGAGAAUUUUCCUUGUUUUACUAUCCUUGUGAGGACUUCCGGAUAGUCUCACACACACACACACACACACACACACACACACACACACACACACACACACACACACACACACACACACACACACACACACACACACACACACACACACACACACACACACACACACACGUUGUGUUCUUCUAUCCUUGUGGGGACCUAAAAUGCAUUUCCAUUCAAAACACUAUUUUCCCUAACUCCUAACCAUAAACCACUAACCCCUUACCCUAAUUCUAACCUUAAUGGUAACCCUAAACCUAAAUCCUAAACUUAAAAUAACCUUUGUCCUCGUGGGGACGUGGGAAAUGUCCCCACGAGGGACAACUUUCCUUGUUUCACUUGUGGUGACUCUUGGGGAUUUUAAGGUCCCCUCAAGGAUAGAAGAACCUACUCACAUACACACACACGCGCACACACACGCACACACACACACACACAGCAGUCUUUUCUAUAGCACAAACCUUUUUCUUCCGAAGUUUGUUGUUUUCAUACUUAGCAACACCUAAUGUUCAGCAGUGACCAAUGGAAAAAUAAUACAGUAGACUAAUCCUCGUUUCUUGACCUUACGUUUGGAACGCCCAGUGUUUGUUUUCAAUGUAUGCCCUAGCUGACAUUACCUUGUUGUGUGGUGAUACAGUGUGUACAUUUGUGCAAAUGUGUAGCAGUGCUGGGGUACAGUGGAGCAUAGAACUGUCAGUAAGGUACUAUGAACGAAGCAAUAAGAAAAAUGAACGCUGUUAACGUGUCAUAGACUUAUAAUAGAAGAAGUAUUCGUAAGAGAUGCAGAUUAUGUGACUAGAAUUUGUAAAGUGACUGACCGAGUUCCUCCAAAGAGGAUUCAUUAAUAAUUUUUUGCCUCACUGCUUUUGAACAUGUACUGUUACAAACUAAGUAAAUAAUAGGCUAACGUGAAAUCUACGAUUUUAGCAUUUUUAGAAGUGUUAUUACUAUUGACGACAUGUUUCUAUGAGUGUCACAACCUUUGAUAUCAUGCGUACGGGUCUGUGGUAAUAGUUCACUACGUUUAGGGACGAUCAUUGUUUGUAUUACUGUACAAUGAUUAUUAGGUCUACAAGACCAUACUUUUUACUGUUUCUAAAUGUUUACUAAAUAUUUUACAUAGUUUUACAAAACAUUUAUGUCAGACAGACUAGAUUUGUGGUGUUUUUGAUAUAAGCACUAAAUAACAUAUUCUUCCCAUGAUAUUUGUGAGAAUAUCAUAUACUGUAACUGAAAAAUGAAGUAUAUUUUUGUCACUUUGGAAAGUGAUACUAAAUAAGACUGACACUUCAGAUCAGCACAGUCCACCUAUAUCUGAUGAAAGGAGAAUAAGGUUAUAUUGAAUUGUAUCACUUUCUAAGCCACUAUUCUAUUUAAGCCAGCUAAGAUCCUUUUUAGCACUGAACCGCCUUGAUUUAGAAUCUUUAUUUAUUAUUUCCAACAGAUUUUAUAUAUUUCUUUUGUCAAGUGCUUGUGAUUACAAUACUUAAUGGUUUGCUCUGCAAAAUAGUAUAUUCUCAAAAACGUAUAGGUAUUUAUUUACAGGGUGGAUAUGAUUUCCUGAAAUCAUUUAGAUUUCAGAUCAGAUCAAAUGACUCAAACUUUUUGCCAAAUGAAAGGACUGCAGAAUACAUUCUUUAUGUGAUCGAACUAUUGCACUGAACGAAAACAUAAAUGCAACAUGCAACAAUUUCAAAGAAUGUACUGAGUUACAGUUUAUAUAAGGAAAUGGAAAUAAAUUCAUUAGGCCCUAAUCAAUGGAUUUCACAUGACUGGGCAGGGGCACAGCCAUGUGUGGGCCUGGGGGGCAUAGGCCCAACCACUUGGCAGUCUGGCCCACCGACUGGGCAGCCAGGCCCAGCCAAUCAGUAUAUGCUUUUCCCCACAAAAGGGAUUUAUUACAGACAGGAGUACUCCUCAGUUUCAUCAGUUGUCUGGGUGGCUGGUCUCAGACGAUCCUACAGGUGAAGAAGCCGGAUGUGGAGAUCCUGGGCUGGCGGGGUUACACGUGCUCUGCGGUUGUGAGGCCGGUUGGAUGUACUGCCAAAUUCUCUAAAGGGACGAUAGAGGUGGCUUAUGGUAGAGAAAUUAACAUUCAAUUCUCUGGCAACAGCU